AUGUCAGCAUCGAACGCCAACACCGGAGCGUCAGAUGCUCAGCCCAACAUCGUCUACGACAAUCAGGUCGAACUCGCUCCCGACGACGAUGCUAAUCAAGCAGUCGCUGCUCCUGCGGGAGAACCGAACCAGGACGAUGAUGCUGCAUCAAUCACACCUAGCAGUGUCAAUUUGUCAACUUCUAGCGUGACUAGCUCAGUCUUGGAAUACAGACAAGAGAACGGGCGGACUUACCAUGGGUACAAAGAAGGCAAAUACAUGCUUCCAAACGAUGAUAGAGAAGUCGAUAGGCUCGACCUUCAGCACAACCUCUUCAUCAGAACAUUUGACGGGAGGCUUGCAACUGCUCCCCCAAAUGAUCCUGACGCCAAGGUCAAGAACGUUUUGGAUGUCGGAACUGGAAGCGGAAUCUGGGCAAUGGACUUUGGGGAUCAGCACCCUGAAGCGGAGACCGCCCGGCUGACAACCCUGGCUAGCCACUUGAGCGAUGGCGGAUACCUUGAGCUCAUUGAGAUCGACUGCAUCCCUCUUUCUGACGAUGGAACUCUGACCCCAGAACAUUCUAUCAUGAAAACAGGCAAUCUAUUACUGGAGGCUACGACGAAUGCUGGCCGCAAGUAUAUAUAUCCCCCUGAUCUCAAGGCUAUGAUGGUGGAAGCAGGCUUCGAUGACGUGACAAUGCAACUCUUCAAAUGGCCUGUUAACUCUUGGCCAAAAGAACAAAAAUAUAAGGAAAUUGGACAAUGGCAGAAUGAGAAUCUCUACCAGGGCUGGGAAGCUAUCUGCAUGGCGCCUCUAACGAGGGCGCUUGGCUGGACCAAGGAGGAAGUCACGGUUUUGAUGGCCCAGAACCGCCAGGACUUCAACAAUCGCAACAUUCAUGCCUACUUCCCCAUUUGGACUAUCUACGGCCGAAAGCUUUCCAGAACUGAGAGCCAGCCGUAG